AUGAAUACAAAGUAUAAGCAAAACAUCUGGCAAGCUACUCAUUGUUCACUCAACUUCUUUGGUCUGUUCAUUGCUUUUAACACUGCUUAGAACAUUUAGUCAGAGGCACUUGAAGAUGAUGGCUUCGGCAAGCUAGGAUUCUGGUCUAUUGGUAUUCUUUACCUCUCAAUCAUGGUUGGUUGUUUCUUUUCGACAGCAGUUUAGAACAAAAUUGGGGAUGUCAAAUGCAUGGCACUCGGCUCAUUGCUCAAUACACCUUGGAUAUUAUCUUUUGCUCUUUGCGGAUACAAGAAGGAGAACCCCAAUAAUGAUGCAUUUUACCUUAGAGAGGAUUUCAUAACUAUCUUAAUCGUAGUGCUCUCAAUAAUAAAUGGACUUGGCUAAGCAAUCUAAUGGGUUGGUCAGGGUAAAUACAUGUCAGAUUGCGCUACUGAGGAAACUAAAGGGUUUUUCUUCAGCUACUUUUGGCUAUUUUACAUGGCCUCCUAGAUAUUUGGUAAUUUGAUAGCAGCAUUUUGCUUGAAUUCGAUGAGUUAAUCCUCUAUGUUCGUUAUACUUGGCUUGAUAUCAUUUGUCUCGUCAAUUAGUUCUCUAUUCUUAAGAAAGCCGAACAUUAAUGUGAGUAGAAAUGACUUAAAUUCAAGCUAGUAAAUAGCUAGAAGAAAUUCUUAGAUUUUCAAAAUUGCUGAGGAUAAUGCCAAUGAAGCUUAAGAUGUAGCAAUAUUAGGAGGAACUAGAAACACUGUAGGAAAUAUGCAGGGCUAAGGUUCCUAACUCGAUAUACCUAAGAAGCCAACUUUAAAAGAGGAAAUUAUAUCCCUAUGCGUAAUGCUCUUCUCAGCAAGAAUGAGAAGAUUAGUCCCUUAACUGUUUUGGACUGGUAUAUCUAUUGCCUUCUACUCAAGUGCUCUCACUCCGAUGAUAACUGAAACUAUUUAAGAUAGUGGUAAAAAGCUAGAGAGAUCUAUGAUAGCUAUGGUAAUAUUUGGAAUCGGCUAAGUGGCAGGUAGUCUCCUUGUUGGAUAGAUUAUUGAUAGAAGGGGGUCUAAAUAUGUCUCAAUGCUUAACUGUGGCAUAAUAUUCAUUAUGACAUUUUGCACCUUAGCAUUCUUAGGUAUCAACAAGUUUAAUAUGCUUGCCUUCUUAAUGACUUUUAUUUGGGGUGUUUAAGACGCUUUUGUCAACAUUAAUUGCUUAUAGAUAUUAGGUUUCGAAUUUGAUAACAAUUCAGAGCCAUUUUCAAUUUUUAAUAUGGCUUAGGCACUGGGUGUCUUUAUUUUUUAGAUAAUAGAAUCAGUCAUUGACAGUCGAAUUAAAUACAUGAUAUAUACUGGGUUCAUUGGACUUAUUGGAUUAUACUCUUGUGGACUCACUUAUUUCUUUGACUUUAGGGAGCAUAACAGUUAGCCAUUGGAGGUUAGAAUAUCAAAGAUAAAUAUUAGCCUUCAAUCAAAGGAAUAAAACUUUGAUGAGCAUAGAGUGUGA